GCAGUCGAUGGCCUAAGGUAGUUUUUGUGUUACAAAAUAAAGUGUAUUUUCAAGGCAGACUAUUUAACAGAAUUGUAUAGUGUGUAAUCCAAAACUUUUGUGCGGAUCAGGUGUUUGUGCUCGAUUUCCCUCCCCGGCUGGCGAGUGAAUUGGCACCGCAACAAUUCCUUCGAGAGGAGUUUCGUCGCGUUGCAGUAAAGAACGGUAUGUAAAAAUGAUUAAGAGAUAAUGUCAGUAUGGAAUAUCUUUGUAGGAAAGCUUUUAGUGUAUCAACACCACCUCUUGGUACCACGUGUAAAAUAUGUAUAUAGUGUAUGGUUUAAUAUUUGUUUUCUUCUGCAGGUGUGAAGUACUGCGUCACAGCUGACCGCUUUCCGCUGGACUCACGUGCCUUGUGGAGUCGUGAUGGGGUAAGUCGUGUUAUAACUUGGCACGUGAGAAAUUCAUGUAAUGUCAUUUUUAUACGGCAAAAGCAGUUUAUUUCAAUAAUAACCCGUGCUUCUCAUUAUAAUAGAUCCACCUGAGUGACGAUCUGGGGAUGCCGCUUCUCGCAAAGCUUCUGUGGCACUUCUCCUUUCGGCAGCUACAGUCCCCUCUGCCUGUUACACCACCGCCUGUGUCUCCUCCCAAGUCACCCCCGACUGUGAGACCCUUUGCUACCACCGUGGUUGUGAAGGGAGAAGUUUCACGUCCACGUCCCCUUGACCCCUUCAAGGAAACUGUCGUCGGACGUCGCGGAAAGCGCAGCCAACCUGAGUCCUGGGAUGCGCCUGAGGACUGGGAUCAGUCUUCCGUGCGGAUCCUUCCUCAUGAGGUUUGUGUGCCUCCUCUGGUCCUGAGGGAGUGCUUUGUCGUGCUAAACCCUAUCCGGUUUAGCACUGACAAGUUGGCUGCAAUGGAUCGCAUUGUUCCAUCCAACCUUGACGUCCCCAUGGGGAAUCGCUCAAAGAAACGGAAGGUGGCACAUGGAACCACGGCUGUGGUCUCCAAAGGAAAGAAGGCCCGCCUUGAGGCACUUCAAACUCCAGCAAGGAUUGCCAAACCUUCGAAGCUGGUACCUCCCCCUCGACCUGUGCCAGAAGCUGCUGUACCAGCCACUCUGGAGGGCAGCGUCUUUGUGCAUUCGAGCAAGUUUGCUCAACCGGAGGGGGAUGACAAGACUCUGUGUGUUGAUGAGUGGCCGUUUCUUCAAACAGAGUUUUGUGAGAAGGUGAACCAGCCAACUGCUCGGGUUGUCUCUGGACAGAGAAAACAAGAGGAGCCAACACCUUGGGGGCCAAAAGUUGUGAUGGCCCAGGCUGAUAAACCAACAGCCAAUGAGACCAGCUUCUUGGGAUGUUCAACCAAGAUGACACACAUUGAGGACCAUGAGCCGUUUGAACCAGCACCUGAGGUCACUGCGAGCAGUCAGCAGCAGAGCCCGCCUGAGGACAAUGGCCAGCUUGAAGAUCCUCAUGUAACACUUGGCAAUCAGAAGGUACUUAUUUUUAACAUGUUAUUCCCUGUUCCUUCCUGUAGCAAACACUUCUACAUGUGA